CGAAGCCACAAUGGUCCAAUGAUCCAAUGGACCAAUGGUCCUAUAAAUAAGAUAUUGAUGCCAUCAACCAUCAACGUAUAACUGACAACGUCCAGGGUUAUAGUGGGUGGCAGCCAGACUAAGCCCGAAAGGGCAGCCAAGCUGUAAAAAUAAGCUUUUGCAUCGUUUGCAGCUCCACCGUCGAUGCCUGAACGGCGCCCGCUUCUUCAGGCCGCCAGCGCCCCUUCUCCUCUCCAUAACAGAAGCAUUGCCCUGCCCUGCCCUGCCCUUCCCUUGGAAUUCGGUUCUCGUUGAGUCUCCCUCUCCAUUCCCCCCAUCUGCCAGCCUGCUGUCUGUUUGUCCGCCUAUUUUUACAGCUCGAUUUGGAAGGCAAUUCCACCAUCACGGGUUUCCACACUUGGCCAUGGCUCCCAGACUGCAUUUGGUCCGCCACGCAGAGGGCUUGCAUAAUCUCGGCAUGGCCUACUGGUCUCUCGUGGACCCGCCUCUGACCGAGAAGGGCAGGGAGCAGUGCUCCAAGCUCAGAGAGCAUUUCCCCUCGCAUUCCCGCGUUGAACUUGUCGUAUCGUCGCCCAUGCAUCGUGCCAUCGCUACCGCAGUGGAGAGCUUCCAGCCGCUGUUCGAUCGUCUCCCAGACUCCAGGUUGGUGGCUCUGCCGGAUCUCCAGGAGAUCAGCAGCUUCCCCUGCGACAUUGGAAGUGAAGUGACCGCACUUCAAGCGAAAACGGAGGAGUUGGGCGUUCACAUAGAUUGGAGCCAUGUGGAGGACGGGUGGACGAGCAAGGACGGACGAUACAAGCCCACUAGAGAAGCGAUUCAGGAGCGGGCUCGUGCCGCCCGGCGGUGGCUCUAUGAGAGGCCAGAAAAGGAGGUGGUGGUAGUCACCCAUGGGGCCUUCUUACACUUCCUGACUGAGGAUUGGGAAGACAGUUGUGUGUACGAAGGGACGGGCUGGGCCAACACCGAGUAUCGCACGUAUGAGAUGACCGCCGCUCCGGAGGAUGACGAAAUCACGCUGGUGGAGUGUGACAGCUCGCGGGUCCGCCGUGGCAAGACUCAUGGGGCAUCUUCACGCGAUGAACAAAGUCGAUUGUUUGGGAUGGCGCUGCAAGGGUGGGAGGAACAGGGCUACUUGUUAAAUGGGAUCACCCAGACGGCGGUAGUGGGGUAGGCAAUGCUCAUGCACUGGAU